AUGGCUUCCUCAGCCACCAUCCCAGAAAAUCAAGAAAGUACCAUAUCCAUCCCCACCACUACUGCCACGCCUCAGCGGACAUUUGCUCUACCGGUGGAUUCAGAAAACAAGGCCACAAAAAUGAAGAUCUUCUCCGUAGCACAACCCCACAUGAGAGCUUUCCAUCUCUCAUGGCUAUCCUUCUGCACUUGCGUCAUCUCCACCUUCGCCGCCGCCCCUCUUGUUCCCAUCAUUCGGGACAACCUCAACCUCACUCGCUCCGACAUCUCCAACGCCGGAAUCGCCUCUGUUUCAGGCAGCAUCCUCUCACGCCUCGUCAUGGGGGUGCUCUGCGACCUCGUCGGACCAAGGUACGGUUGUUCGGUGAUCAACCUCCUGGCUGCCCCUGUGGUUUUCAGUGUCUCAUUUGUGGCCGACGCUGGCGGUUACGUGGCGGUCAGGUUCAUGAUAGGGUUCUCGUUGGCCACGUUCGUCUCUUGCCAGUACUGGACGAGUGUGAUGUUUAAUGGGAAGAUCAUUGGAGUGGUGAACGGGGUGUCGGCAGGGUGGGGCGAUCUGGGUGGUGGCGUUACUCAGCUGCUGAUGCCGGUGCUCUUCCAUGUGAUAAGUCAGAUGCUCGGAAGCACACCAUUCACGGCUUGGAGGAUUGCUUUCUUUAUUCCAGGGUGGUUUCAUCUGAUCGUUGGGGUUCUGGUUUUGGUUUAUGGCCAAGAUUUGCCUGAUGGCAACUUUGCUCAAAUUCAAAAGGAGGGACAAGCUCCAAAGGAUAAAUUCUCAAAGGUAUUCCGAAAUGCAGCGGCAAAUUAUAGGACAUGGAUCUUUUUCUUGAUCUAUGGAUAUUCCAUGGGCGUGCAAUUGUGCUUGAAUAACGUCAUCUCUGAAUACUUCUUUGAUAGGUUCGGGUUAAAGCUUCACACAGCCGGUGUCGUGGCGGCAAGUUUCGGGGUGGCUAACUUCUUUACGCGUCCAUUCGGUGGCUACGUGUCCGAUCUAUCGGCUGGUAAAUUCGGAAUGAGAGGAAGGUUAUGGACAUUAUGGAUAACACAAACCCUAGGAGGCGUUUUCUGCAUAUGGUUAGGGCUAGCCAACUCUCUACCCAUCGCCAUCUUGUCGAUGAUGCUCAUGGCCGCAGGAUCACAAGCCGCUUGUGGAGCAACUUACGGCAUCAUUCCCUUCGUUUCCCGACGUUCUCUGGGCAUUCUAUCCGGCUUGACCGGUGCCGGUGGCAAUGUUGGUGGUGGUUUGACCCAACUGCUAUUUUUCUCCGGUGCAAGGUUUUCCACGGCAUGGGGAUUAACGUGGAUGGGGGUGAUGGCGGUGGUUUUAACGAUUCCGGUGGCUUUUAUCCACUUCCCACAAUGGGGGAGCAUGUUUUUACCGGCAUCAAAGAAUGAGAAGUACGAUGAAGAGUAUUAUUAUAGCUUGGAGUACAGUGAGGAAGAGAGAGAGAAGGGUUUGCACAUCGGAAGUAUGAAGUUUGCAGAGAACAGCAGGGCGGAACGUGGGAGGAGAUUGGUGGUGGCCGUCACCGAAACUCCGCCGAAUACUACGCCGGACCACCAUGUUUAA